AUGUCAGCUCAGGCUACCAACAACGCUGCUGGCGAGGCUGUCGGUGCUGGUGCUAGUGCUGGUGCCGCUGCUUCCCCCCAAAAACCGUUCCAAACCAAACUCGUUCUGCUUGGUGAAGCCGCGGUCGGAAAGUCCUCUGUAGUGCUUCGAUUCGUUCAGAACGACUUCCAGGAAAACAAAGAGCCCACCAUCGGGGCUGCUUUCCUCACUCAAAAAUGCCGUCUCGAGGAUCGUCUGAUCAAGUUUGAAAUUUGGGACACUGCGGGACAGGAAAGAUUCCACUCUCUCGCACCCAUGUAUUAUCGCAACGCCCAGGCGUCGGCCGUCAUCUACGACGUCACCAAAGCCAGCUCAUUCGAGAAAGCAAAGUCGUGGGUCAAGGAACUGCAGCGUCAAGCCAAUCCCAACAUUGUCAUUGCGCUCGUCGGCAACAAGAUCGACCUGCUGAACGAAACUUCGUCCUCUUCAUCCGCCAAUGCCGAAACGGAGGAUGACGACGAUGACGACACAGCCACAACAACACCAGAAGCAACAGCUGCAGCAGAAUCGCUGAGGGCUGUACCCAAGGACGAAGCUGAAGCCUAUGCUAAAGAAGCCGGUCUAUUGUUCUUCGAGACCUCGGCCAAGACAGGCGAAGGCGUUAUCGAGGUGUUCACUGAGAUCGCAAAGAAAAUCCCGAUCGAUCUGCAUUUGGCGAGGAACGCGGCCGCCGGUGCGGCUGCUGGGAACGGUGCGCGACAGGCGAGUGGUGGCCAAGCUGGUAGCGUCGAUCUGCAGAACAACCAACAGGGUAACAGGAAGGAGGCCUGCAACUGUUGA